AUGGAGGAUUCGAUGGCCCCGAUCUUCACAGACACGGGGGUAAUUGCAGAGCCCUUCAACGGCGCAACUCUGCCCGUGGAAGAAGAAGCGUUCCUCUCCCCAGGAACCUUCUCCAGCGCGGAUGAGUACGCCGCCAACCCCCGAUUCCUUGAAUUACAGGAAGAAUUGCGAGGCGUGCUCUUUUCAGCUGUUGCUAGCCUCGAGCCCAACAGCUACGCGUCGCCUGCCCCCUCGUCGCCGACCGAGGGACUGGGCUCGAGGGCAUCGCGACAAAGCCUCGACUUUACACGCGUGUCCAUCCCCAAGAUUCGAUUAAUCUAUUAUCUCAAAAAUUGGAUUACCGAAUGUGCACCAUACCUCGACAAGUUUGACGAGGAACGUCACUUUGGUGUGCACAUUCCCAUUCUCGCACAGCGAUCACCGGCGCUGUUCUACGCCAUCCUUGCUUUCUCCGCUCGCCAAACCGAGCGAAAGGCGUGUCUCGGCACAGCAUAUGAUAGCCUCGAACUAUAUCAGGAAUCUAUUCGGCUACUUGCACCAUGCCUGCAAGCCAAGGACCCCAAUGUACUCGUGACAGUGUGCAUUCUCGCAGUCAUGGAGCUGAUGUCGGUCAGUCCACGGGACUGGCGUCGCCAUGUGGAGGGCUGUGCGGCACUCUUUGACUCAUUCAAUGUCAACGGGCUCUCGGGUGGCCAUCUUCAAGCGGUGUUUUGGUGUUACGCACGCAUGGAGCUGUGUGGAGCGAUCAUCUCUAACGGCGCGGAGAGCACGGUGCUCCCGCUGGAGAAGUGGGUGCCUGCAAUGCCUCAAGCGUCAGGAUCCAAGGAAAAAGAAAGUAUCAUCCGGGAUCUGUUUUGUCAUAAAGGCCGCUCGUCACCAGAUAUGCAGGCCAAUUGGGCUGUAUAUCUCUGUGCGAAGACAUGCGAUCUCGCCUGUCGAAGAACAAGACAUUUGGAACUGGGCGAAGAUUUAGACCAACAUGCUGGUCCUUUUAUUGACCAAUGGAGCCGACUCUGGGACGAUCUUCAGUACUGGCUUGAGCAGCGCCCCCCAGCCAUGCUGCCCAUCAAAACAACGGGGAUAGGCGGCGGUCAAAUCUUUCCGGAGGUCCUUUUUGCACACUGGGCCGCCAUUUCGGGGAACCAGAUGUACCAUGCCGCAUGCAUUAUGAUGCUGGAGAUGAGACCAGGCGGGAAGGCUUUGCCCUCAUCAAAGCCCCAUUACUCGGCAAUCUGGCACGCCCGCAGAGUAUGUGGGAUUUCGUUAACGAAUCCCCACAGUGGCAAUCUCAUAAAUGCUAUCCAGCCACUCUAUAUUGCAGGGAAGCUCCUCAGCCAUCACAGUGAACAUGUCGAGGUCGCCAGGCUUUUUAAAACUGUAGAGAAGACGACUGGAUGGGGUGCCUUGUGGCGACUCAAGGAUCUUGAGCGAGCUUGGGGGUAUGAGCCUGGAGAAAUACUAUCUGUCAUUUGA